AUGGCAGAGAAGUGGCGGCACCCGGAGCCCGGCGAGGCGGCGGUGGCGGAGUUCGGAAGCGGCUCCAGCACAGGUAAAUGGUUCAGGUCCCAUCCCGUGGUCACGGCGGUGCUGAGUGUGCUCGUGCUCCUGGUGCUGGCUUUGGGGGCGGCCGUGGCUGUGCUGGCAGCACGACAGGUUCCAGUUACACCUGCGACUCCGCCAUCAGUUCUGAGCUGUCCCUUUUACUGGGUUGAGUACAAGGGGUUCUGCUACAACUUGUCAAGGGAUUACGGCACCUGGGAGCAGGCUCAGGAACGGUGCUCCGAGCUCAAUGCCUCCCUGGCCAUUGUCAAGGAUGAGGAGGCCAUGGAGUUGCUCUUCCGCCUCUGUGGGAACGGCAGUUGCUGGCUCGGGCUGCGCAGACGGGGCGAGCGCCUGCACUGGGGGGACAGCAGCAGCUACAGUUUCCCGGAUUAUGUCCACGGCGAUUCUGAGUGUGUGUACCUGGCUGACAAGAGAUUGAAGACUGGGAACUGCUCCGAGAAGCGGCCGUAUGUCUGCAGCAAGCCUCCAGGUCCCCUGUAACAGCUGCAGAAAGGACCUUCUCCA